CGGCACAGCGUGGCAUUACCCAAGUAAACAUCAGAAACGGUUCUGUUCCCGGGGCCAUACGCUCUCGCCCAGGGGCCCAUCACUGAGUGACUGACGCACAUGAAGACGGCUAUAAAACAUGCCGUCUCCAGCGUCUUGCACUACUCUACACCGGCGCCUCCGCUGAUAUCGUCUCCACUCACCGUCUCACAUCGCUCCACUCUUAACAUGGCGUUCAGAUCUCAGCGUUUCUCUGGCAGGACUCUCUCCGCGGCCAGCGGCCGUUCGCUGGGUCCCGUCGGCUUCUCCAGCUUCGGUAGUCAGUCAGUGAUGGGUGGAGGUCUGCAGAGCGGUGCUGGCUUGGGCUUCAGAUCUGGAGCCGGUUUGGGCUUUGGGUCCGGUGCUGGAUUGGGCUUCGGAUCAGGUUUUGGGUCUGGUUACGCAGGAGGUGGAGGCUCUGUCGGGGCGAGUUUCAGGGCGGGCGGAGGUUUUCUUGCAGAAGCUGUGUCCAAUGUCGUCAAUGAGAAACAGCAGAUGCAGGUUCUAAACGACCGUCUCGCGACCUACCUGGAGAAGGUGAAGCGCCUGGAGACCACGAACCACGAGCUCAACGAGAAACUCCGCUCGUUCACCGUCAACAGAGUCCAGAGCAGCUUCAACCUGGAGCCCUACGAGAUCCAGAUCAAGCCGCUGCGCGAGAAGCUUCUGCUUCUCAUGCAGGACCACACUCGCAUCGCUUUAGCCGUAGACAACGCCAAACUGGCCGCUGAUGAUUUCAGAAUGAAGUUCGAGACGGAGCUGGCCAUGCGUCAGUCUGUGGAGGGCGACAUCGCCGGUCUGAGGACCCUGAAAGAGUACGACUCCACCAACACCGUCUUACUGCAGGAGGUCACGGGCCUGGAGAAGGAGUGCACCGCCCUCAAAGAGGCGCACCAGCAGGACAUGAUAGCCCUGCGCGGGGAGAUGAUGGGCACCGUGACGGUGGAUGUGAAGGAGAUCGAGAGCACGGAUCUGUCUCGAGUGCUGGCCGAGAUCCGCUCCGAGUACGAGAUGGCCAUCGAGAAGAACCGCCGGGAGGCCGAGAACUGGUACACCAAACAGGUGGAGAAGAAGCAGGCGGAGGUGGAGCUGAUCACAGAGACCACCGUCAGCGGCAGCUCCGAAAUCACCGACAACCGCAAACUGAGCCUGAGUCUGCAUACGCAGCUGGACGCCGCACUGAUGGAGAAGGGGAAUCUGGAGCAGCGUCUGGUGGAGGCGCAGGCUCGGUAUCAGGCUCAGGUCUUCUCUCUGGCUCAGCUGGCCGGCAGUCUGGAGGGCGAGCUCACCUCGGUGCGCGAGAGCGCGCUGCAGCAGAGCCGCGACUAUCAGCUGCUGCUCAGCACCAAGGUCCAGCUGGAGCGCGAGAUCAGCACGUAUAAAGCUCUGCUGGAGGGCGCCGGAGAGCUCCACAACAUCGCCACGCUCAAGACGCCGGCGAUGAAGGUGGAGGUCGAGAAGAGCGCUUUGCUUUCAUCAGCUACUGCCGGUGCAGGAGGCGGAGUCGAAGUCGUCGCCCCCUCUGAAGCGCAGUCUGGUGGUCCCGGCGCGAGCGAGACGGCGGUGGGCGGAGCAUCAGCGUAUGCUCUGAUGUCAUUGGAGGGGGUAGCAGCGGAUGCAGUGACGUCAUCAGGCAGUCCAGCCGCUGAGAUAUAAUGUCUGCUGGAGGGAUGAGCGGGUCUUCAUGGUGGUGCUGAUAUCAUCAAAGCUCAACCAAUCAAACGCUGAUGUUACUCUACAGUGUGUCAUGCUGCAUAACUGUGACCAGCAUCAAUAAACUCAAAUCCUCGAACCGCUCUGUGUU